AUGUCGUCGGCGCAGCGCGAGCUGCGGGUCGGUGCUCCGUCGAGUACGCAGCUUCGCACUCUCUUGCUGCUUGCUCGGCAGCUUGAGUCUCGUGCUUGGGAUGUGCGUGCUCGAGAGCUCGCGAGCGCGAUUGCGGGGAGACGCUGCUUCGGCGGCUUGGGUCUUGCGCUCGUGGUGCGCGCGUACGACAGCUCGAGCGUGCGAGCGCGGCGAGAGAGCAGGAUCGACCGCCGGAUGUUCAGACGAAGGGUCGUCGAUGAAGGGGUGUACGGGCGGGUCGUCGUGUUGCACACGAGCGCGUGCUUGUUUGCGCAGCUCGAAAGCCUGGGCUUGAGCCGCGAAAUACGCGUACACGUCCGCUCGCCCCUGCGAACACGGGGAGAGGGCGCGCGUGGGCGUGUGCCUGGGCGAAGGCGCAGAGCGCGAAGGCGCGUCGGACGAGGAGGGAGCCGGGGAGAGGUAGCUGCGCGUGAAAAGCGCGACAGCGUCGCUCGGGAGCAGAGCGUGGCGUGUAGGCAGGUGUUCACCAACCAGCUCAAGCAGAUCGUCGAGAUCGUUGGCACGGGCAUCGGGCGCGUGAACACGACGCACUGGCGGCAGCACGAUCGCGCUGUGCAGAACGCGCAGCUCGCCGCUUUGCGCCGCGAGGAGGAGGCACGUGUCCGGGAGCGCAUCUGCGCGGAGACGUGGCACGACAGACGCGUGGACUGCAUCACAGGGAAUGGCGUGAUGAGCGAGUUGAGCGUGGGCGAUGAUGUAUUCGAUCACGACUCUGAGGAGGAGCUACACAUCGUCAGCGCUGUGUCGAGGGGCGAUGUUAUUGGGUCUGAUGCAUCUGACCAUCGGUAGCGGAGACAACAAUAAUGGCACCGUCCAUC